CUCGCUCUGUAAAACCCACAGCUGCUAAACCCCCUAAUUUUCUCGCACUUUCCUUCCAAUUUUCCAUCGAUCCAAACACUCCUUAUCGCUUUACCACAAACCCUAAGUUCUGCGUUAAUCUAACCCAAUGGCAACUCUGUUUACUUCUCCACAAUCAAUGGCAACACUCUCAUCGCCGAUUUUCCAAAAGCCCCAAAUCUUCACAUUAUCGUCUAGCUCUUCCAAUUUCUUGAAUCCGUCGAAGAAUCUGAAACCCAUUGCGAUUGCGAUUCGAUCCCGAAAGUGCCGCGGCAAGUCGCUCUCCGUGCAGAUGUCCUGGGACGGCCCGCUCUCCUCGGUCAAGCUGAUCAUACAAGGAAAGAAUUUGGAGUUAUCGGAGGCAGUGAAGAAGCAUGUGGAAGACAAGGUUGGCAAGGCAGUUCAAAAGCAUAGUCACCUAGUGAGGGAAGCCGAUGUUCGGUUGUCUGUUCGAGGUGGAGAGCUUGGAAAAGGCCCCAGGAUUCGGAGAUGUGAGGUGACUUUGUUCACGAAGAAGCAUGGAGUGUUCCGUGCUGAGGAAGAAGCUGAGACACUUUACGCGAGCAUAGAUUUGGCAUCUUCGAUUAUCCAGAGGAAGUUGAGGAAAAUCAAGGAGAAGGAAUCGGAUCACGGGCGGCACAUGAAAGGCUUUAACAGAUCGAAAGUUAGGGAGCCUGCAAUGCAAGCAUUGGCGGAAGAUGAAGAGGAAGAGGCAGAGGCAGUUCCCCAAGAGCAGGAAGAAGACUUCAUUGACGAGGUUGUUCGAACGAAAUACUUUGACAUGCCGCCUUUGACGGUUGCUGAAGCAGUUGAUCAACUGGAAAAUGUUGAUCACGACUUCUAUGCUUUCCGAAAUGAAGAAACUGGUGAGAUUAAUGUAAUAUACAAACGAGAAGAAGGCGGUUAUGGACUUAUUAUACCGAAAGGAAAUGGUAAAGCGGAGAAGUCACAGCACGUGGUGGUAGAGCGAGCUAGAGAACGCUCCUUGGCGGAAUAAAGAGGCCUAGGUAUCCAGUCUUGUACAGCGGUGUUUCUUAAAGUUUGAGGGGCGUAGUUUUUGUAACGUACGAAUGAAAGCUUAUGAGCAAAUUAAAAUCAUAAACAUCAAUUCCUCA